AUGCAUUUGGGCAAGCUUUUCGCCGCUGCUACUAUUGUGGCUCUCGCAGCAGCCAGCACCCCAAAAUGUGCUGCAUUUCCGCCAUCAAUGAUUGAGUACUCAUCCGGCUUCAAGCAGCCAAAGCCGCCGUUGGUACAGCCUGAGUUCACAGCAAACUUUGUUCAGCACAAAUGGGAUGAGACACUCUCUCACAUCAUGACCGGAUACAUUGACAAUUCCCCUGCUAAAGGCAUAGUUCGCGUCAAUGAGGCAUACGAUGAUGCUCCAGCUUCGUCGGUGUUUAAUUAUGCAAACGUUACUGGAGAUGGCUUGGUGGAUAACAUCCUAACCAUAUAUAACGGAACGACUCCUUAUGUCUGGCAAGGUUACGUCAAUUCCAACUAUCCUAUUUUUGAACAAGAUUUCCUUGUAAAGGCCGACGCAGUCUUUGGGGGGCUUGUUACAAGGAAGUUUAACGGCGAUGUAGCAUCUGUAAGUGUUAUUCCAGUGACGGUUUAUGUAAACAAUUGCAAUGCCAUUGUCGGGUAUGACUAUUUCUCGCCUGGUAGGCGUACCCGAGUCAUUACCGACUUUUUUAACAUCCAGAUUCACACUGGAAAUUAA